AUGGCUUCGCUCAUCAGAAAUGAGCUACUAAUUGUGCCUGUUUUGUUCCUAACUAUGUGCCAUGCAGACGGCAAAACAACUGUUAGAACCAUUAAUAAUUUGGGUGCAGAGAUGACCAUUCACUGUAAGUCCAAGGACGAUGAUCUUGGCAUCCAUGUCGUCCCCGUCGGUGGCUCUUACGAGUUUUCGUUCAGACCAAAUAUUUUUGGUAGAACAUUAUUCUUUUGCAGUUUCGCUUGGGCAACUGAGUCUCACUAUUUCGACAUAUAUAAAGCAAAAAGAGAGUUCCCGCCAUGGCACGACCGCACGUGGAGUAUAUUGCCGAGCGGUCCCUGCAUGUGGAAUUAUGAGUCGAGUCAAUAUGACAUUUGCUAUCAGUGGAAUAAGGAUUAA